AUGUCUGUUGUACCUGAGAAAGCGAAUGUUGCUUCUUCGUUAGUUGAGCAAUCCUGCGAACAGCUUGAUGAUAAUGAAGAAAUAUCCUCAAACAUUUUUCUAUCGGAACAGGGCACAUCGAAACAAGACGAUGAACUGACCAUUAACUGUAAUAGCACAUUAGAUGCUCCAUCGGUGGUACCUUUGAGUCGUAAACGAAACCGUCGUAUUUGGACUCUUGUUAGUGGUGACGGUCACGAUUUUAGAUGUAAUGCAUGUAAAAGAAUUAUCAAAUGCUGUUCACCCACAAAUAUAACUCGACAUUAUGCAAAUAAUCAUCCUGAAAUACUAAAAACGGGAGAAAUAUCAAUCGAUAUGACGAAAGAAUCGAUUGAACCUAUUGUUGAGAACAGUGCAAAAGAUACAAUGAUGACUUCAAAUGAUAUGCAAGUUUCUAAUGGAACUAGAAUGAAUACUGGAAAAAUAGACUGGUCUUCGCCAUCAAUACGAAAAAUUUUGGAAAAGAUUGCAUCUAGGGAGUUAACGGAAAAAAUGGGAACAGAUAUGAUUGCCUAUAAAACUGGAUGCCAGUUGUCACAGUCAACUGUUCGAAAGCGAGUACACUGUUUGCUUGAAGAAAGGUAUGGGACCUAUUCAUUGGCUAAAAAAAGUAGUACAGCAAUGGCGCCAUCUUCACAAAUGAAUGAAGGAAAUGAUACAGUUGCAUACAAUACUAAUAGCGAGACGAAAAAAUUUGCUAAAUCAGAAGGCAAAAAGAAUCAAGGACAGCAAUUAUCAGAUGAAACCGUGAACACAUCUCCGGUGCCACCAAUACCACGUCAAGUUCAUUCUCUACGAUUAACUCAUUCGUCGAUUGUAAUUCCGGAAAAGGAUGACCCAUCAAAAGUGAGAAUAUAUCGGUGCAGUGCUUAUGGACGAGGUAAACAGGGUGCAACUUGCUAUUAUCGCUGUUCCAAAUGUGAUUCACUUGCGAACAAUAAAUUGAAAAAUUCCGGUUCAUUAGCAACUGAGCGUACAAAGCGUUACUUUGCGCAUAUUAAGACGAAAGAUGGACGAAUAAUCGGAAAUGCUUAUCCAGAGCAUUUGCCAGAAUGUAAACCAGUACCAAAGGAAGUUCAACAGCUUCAGGAAAUUGAUCGAGCUUGUAGAGCAAGGAUUCAAGCUGGUAAUUUAACACCUGAAGCAGCGAGGAAAUUGGGAGCACUAGUUGCACAGAAAAAUCGUGAAUUGAAAAGACAUAUCCAGGAUGAUGAUAUUUUUCCGGAUAAAUGGAAAUCACUUCCUAAGAAAUACAGUCGAUUGUGUCAUCAAGCAGAAAGGAUGAGGAAGCAAAAAAAUCGGCAACUUUUAAGAAUGAUGGCUAAUGAACAAGGUGAUGUUGAAACAGAAGAAGAUCAGAGUGGUAUUGCGCAUGAAGCAGAAAUUAUGAGCGGACGUUUCAAGCAUCCACCGUUGAUCAUUUUUGAACCGGACGGUCAGACGGCGCGAAUUUAUCGUAUAAAUGGGAAAUCGGAUAAGCUUGGUAUUAUCUAUUAUCGCUGUUCGAAAUGUGAUGUUCUUUGUCGAAGACAUAGAAGAAUGGGAAAUGUUGAAGGGAUGACUCGAGCAACAGUAAAGGUGGAAGAGGAUGAAAUUCUCGAAAAUAUGUAUCCUGCACAUCAUGAUGAAUGUGAAGUCUUUGCACUUGAUAUGGUUAAAAAUUUGGCAGAAAAUCUUGAUCGCUUCUAUUUUGCUAAAGAUUACGAACCCAUCAUUCAUGAUUCUUCCAAAACGGAUCUCAGGUUUACUGAUGGUACAUUAAUCUCAAAAAAUCAAAUGCCUAUUGUUAGUCACUCCACACUUGAACAUGUUGAUGAUGACGUAGUAGUGGACAUUAGUAAUGUUGCUAAUACCGAGGAAGUGGAUGAUGAUACAUGGGAAACAACUGUGAGUCAAGAUGAUGUACUAAAUGCUAGGGCGGAAGAUCAUGAAGGACCUAUAGGUAGCACAUGUCAACUUUAUUAUGAAGCGAAUGUUGAAUUACGCAGCCAUAUGAUGCGUUGUUUGGAAGAAAUGAGAACACUACGAGCAGAAAUGAUAACUAUGUUAGAAGAAGGAGAAUUUCAGUAUGUUGAAGUAGAUGAUGAUGGACAUUAG